GUAAAGACCGGUGUGACACAAUGUAGAAUGCUAUGUACACUAAUACCAAGAUUAGCAGAAAGCAGGCCCCAUAUAUUUUCGGGGCGACUUGUCCUGGGGCGAGUUGGCUUUGGGGCGAGUUGUCUGGCUCCCAAGCACACAUUACCGGAAGCAACCUGUUCGAGUCAGGAAGUGACAACCUAGAAAUACUUCUUUCGAUUCUUUGGAAAAAUCAAGCGUCAGACUCCUGCAUCAUGGGUAAGAGUUCGUCCAGCUCAAGUUCCGAUGACGAGUUUAGGCACUUGCCAAAGCAUGAGAGGAAACGACUCAAGAAACUCAAGAAACAGGCCAAGAAGCACGGCCACCACAUGCCCCAUGGCAUGUAUCCUGGAGCCCAUGGUGCCCCGGUGGGUGCUUACCCAGGCACCUACCCGGCAGGUGGCUAUCCCACAGGGGUAGCCAGACCCCCAGGAACAUACCCAGCGGGCUCCUAUCCAGUGCAAGGCUACCCAGGCGCCGCCCCAGGAUACCCAGGGGCAGCGCCAGGAUACCCAGGGGCAGCUCCCGGAUACCCCGGCGCAGUUCCAGGCUACCCUGCGGGUUCUACUGGUUAUCCCCCUGCACCCAAUCCGGCUUACCCUGCACCUGUCCCCGGCUAUGGGGCUCCAGCUGGAGGGUUUGUAGCCCCUGGUGCCCCGCCCGCUGGUAGCUACCCAGGGGGUGCAUACCCAGGACCUGGCAGUGCUCCAGCUGCUGGUGGGUUUGCUGCUCCUGGGUCAGUGCCCCCUGUUAAUCCAUCAGUGCCCAGUCAACCAGGUUACCCAUCAGGAGCCCCAGGUCAACCAGGAUACUCAACUGGAGCACCAGGUCAACCAGGAUACCCAAGUGGAGCCCCCAGUCAACCGGGAUACCCAUCAGCACCCAGUCAACCGGGAUACCCAACCGGAGCCCCAGGUCAACCUGGAUACCCAUCAGCACCCAGUCAACCGGGAUACCCAACCGGAGCCCCAGGUCAACCUGGAUACCCAUCAGCACCCAGUCAACCGGGAUACCCAACUGGAGCCCCAGGUCAACCAGGAUACCCAUCUGGAGCCCCAGGUCAACCGGGAUACCCAACUGGAGCCCCAGGUCAACCAGGAUACCCAGUUGGAGCCCCAGGACAGGCCCUUGCUGGUCAGUUUGGUCAGAUGAAUCUCCAAGGCAACAUGGGCAUGCCCCGUCCCACAGUGAGGGCUGCACCCAGCUCCUCGGCAGAGAAAGAUGCAGAGGUCAUCAGGAAUGCCAUGAAAGGAGCGGGAACUGACGAGCAGGCGAUUAUUGGCAUCAUCAGCCAGAGGUCUAAUGCACAGAGGGUACAGAUCAUGAACAUGUUCAAGACCAUGUAUGGAAAGGACCUUAUCAAAGACCUUGAGUCAGAGUUGAGUGGAGACUUCCGAGAGACGAUCAUGGCAAUGUUCAAACCGACAACAUACUACGAUGCCUGGUCCCUGCAACAGGCCAUCAGUGGUCUGGGCACAAAGGAGUCAGUGCUGAUAGAGAUUCUGUGUACCAGGACCAAUGCAGAAAUCAAGGAAAUCAAUGCCUGCUACCAGCAACACUACCAUAGGAGCCUAGAGAAGGACAUAGUGGAUGACACCAGUGGACACUUCAAACGCCUGCUGGUCUCCUGCUGCCAGGCCAACCGAGCUGAGCUAACCCCUGACCAGUGGCAGAGGCUGCAGACCCAGGGACCGGAGGCAGUCAUCGACCGCAACCUGGCGCGAGAGGACGCUAACAAACUCUUCCAGGCAGGAGAGAAGAAACUUGGCACAGAUGAGUCUGCCUUCCUGUCUGUGCUGGCUAUAAGGAACUACUUUCAGAUGCGCGCUACAUUUGAGGAAUAUGUGAAGAUAUCUGGCCGAGACAUUCUCAGCUCUAUUGACAGAGAGAUGUCUGGGGACUUGAAGGAUGGAUUCAUGGCCCUGGUUAUGAGUGCCAAGAAUCGUCCGGAGUAUUUUGCUGACAAGCUAUACAGGGCCAUGAAGGGGGCAGGUACCCAGGACUCGACAUUGAUUCGAAUUGUGGUCUCCAGGUCGGAGAUUGACCUUCAGGACAUCAAGGAGGUGUACCUGUCCAAGUACCGCAAGACGCUCGGUACCUCCAUCAGCUCUGACACCAGCGGGGACUACAAGCGCCUCCUGCUGGCCCUUGUGGGACAGUAGGGGCCGUAAUUAGGGAACAAAAUAUGGGCCCUCAUAUAUAGAGGGAUUCUCAACCAUUAGGGGUUUUGAAUAAGUGCUGUUUUCUGAUUAUCUGCUUGUUUUGUGAUUAAUGCUUUUAAUAGGGAUUGUAUAACCUAGGGCUUUUGAAUUACUGCUGCACUUUUUCUCAUUGCACAUACAUGUAUUUCUAUUUGUCAGUUUAUACUAAGAAAAAGUUUGCCUCUACCGGGGUAAUUGUUUUAGUGCUACAUUUAUUUUAGGCUCUUAAAAGGAAUGAAUACAAAUUUUAAUCAUUAUUUAAUAUGUUUUGCAUUAAGAUGCAAUCAUGUGUCUAUGAUUAUGACUUUUUAUGAAUUGUUAUUAAAAUUGUGGCAAUUUUGUUUAUAUAAUAGAAAUUAACACCAUUGUCUGCAUUACAAUACAUAAUUGAAAUGUUUAUAACACCAACAUUAAUGAAUUUAGACAAACAAAUCAUCUACGCUUGAAAAGCAAUGAAAUAUUAUCCAUGUGCAUACAUAUUGGUGAACAUUUAGACUUAUAGUUAGUAUAGGAAAAAUAAUAUGUGGUAUUAAAGGUCUUAAUUGUAUAAAGAGAGACUGUGAAAAUGCCUAAAUCUGCUACCCCUAUUUACAAAGUUCAAGCAGCUGUGAAAUAAUAUUUUUCAUUUAAUCAUUUUUUCUAUCUAUUUACUUUGAAACAAAAAACAACAACCUUUGCUUAUAUGGAGUUCAUAAAAUCAGCUGAAGUAAUUCUUAAUUUUAGAUCGUAAAACCUCUUAUGUCAUUAAGAUAUGAAAAUGACUGCUUUGUUCAUGAAAUCACUGUAUGUAUCAAUAUAAACAAAAAAAUAUUCACCAUUUAUGAAAUACUAAUUAGUACAGUGGCAGAGUUAGACACUGCACAAAAACAAAAGUUUCUGAAAUAAGAAUAUGAAAUGUUUGUUGUUAAAUUUGGUUGUGGUAUUUUUUAAAUAUAUGUUUAAGACUUAAAUUUUGUUACAAAAUAUUUUUUUACUCCUUUUGGGCCGCAAAUUGGACCUUAUUCCCCUUCUUUAAACACACAUAUUUUCCCCCUAUUAUUACCUUACAUUUUUUCAUCUCAAUGUAAGCUUUAUUGUGAAAUAGACUAAAUUUUGACGAAAAAUUACA